ACAGUCUCUAAUACGGCUCCUGGGACGAGACUACACAUAUAUUUGGACUCCUUUUUGCUUGAACGCAGAAAAAAAAAAGCGAGGAACCAUGGUAUCUGCCGGGCUACAGAUGCUGGGCACAGCCCUGGCCAUCAUUGGCUGGAUCAUGACCAUCGUGAUUUGUGCACUUCCCAUGUGGAAGGUCACAGCUUUCAUUGGGAACAACAUUGUGACGGCGCAGAUCACCUGGGAAGGCAUCUGGAUGUCUUGCGUGGUGCAAAGCACCGGGCAGAUGCAGUGCAAGGUCUACGACUCUAUGUUGGCUCUCAGCUCAGACCUGCAGGCCGCCCGGGCACUUUGCGUCAUUUCUGUUCUGCUCGGUAUCAUCGGGAUUCUCCUGGCCAUCGGUGGAGGCAAGUGCACCAACUGUGUGGAGGACGAGAGCGCUAAAGCAAAGGUGGGCAUCGCUGCUGGAGUUACCUUCAUCAUCUCAGGUGUCCUGUGUCUGAUUCCCGUCUGCUGGACGGCCAACACCAUUAUCAGGGACUUCUACAGCCCCUUAGUAAUGAGUUCACAGAAAUAUGAGAUUGGAGCUUCUCUGUACAUCGGCUGGGCCGCUGCUGCUCUGUUGCUCAUCGGAGGAGGCUUGCUCUGCUGCAACUGUCCACCCAAAGACAACUACAGCGCAAAGUAUUCAGCUCCCAAAUCAGCAGGAUCUAAAGGCUAUGUGUGAUCUUUUCAAAAGACACUUUAACUCUUGGACUUGAUUCUUAUGAUAUGCUGUAUUUUUGCCAGCUGAUAUAGAUGGUGUUUUUUUUUGUCUUGUGUAUUAUUAGCUGCUCAGCAUUCAUGACUGUACAAAGAUGUAAAAUUACAAGCAGAAGCAGAACAAUGUCAUGAAAAAAAAAGCAGUUUCUGUAAAAGUUGGGUGUGACCCAUUUUUUUUUUUUUUUUUUUUUUGGAUUGUUUGUUAAUAACCAAGAGCUUGAAUAUACUGCAAUGCUCUGAAAUAUAUAUUAAUUCAUUUACAUAUUUACUUGUUGAUCUGAAUUCAAGAAUGUACAGUAAAUUCUACAUUUUAAGGUUUACAUUUCAGUUACAUUCUAUGUCUUAGAAUUUAAUGCUAUGGUUCACUCCUUUUUGAUGGUUGCUGUGACAAAACAUUUAUACACUACAAAUAAACUUUUUUUAAUAAUAAAAAAAA